AUGAUGUUGAAGAACUAUAUUGGCCGAGAGGUUUCUGUGGGUGCUGCCAAGCUAUGGGCCAAGACCUAUGUGAAGGAGAUGGACCCAUCAUGGGAACCUCCAGUCCCCAUCAAGCCUACAACCAAAAAGAAUGAUGUGAAGGCUUUGCUACUCUAUGAGUCUGAAAAAUCAGCCUACGUCAAACACAUUGGAGCUACUUGGCCCGCUGUCAAGCUGGAGAUCUGGAGCACCAUAAUGGCCCAGUGUUCUCCUAAGCUACGAGCCCAUCUACAGCAGUUGCCUUUCUACGACAAGGCCGAAAGCACCCACGAUUGCAUUGCGCUACUUGAAAAUGCGAAUGUUCUGUGUGGAGGAGGCAACCUAUUGGCUUUCCAGCCCCAAGCAAGAGCGGAGGCACUCCUAGACCUAGUGCAAUACAAGCAGCUGAACGGCACACUGGACGACUACUACAACGAUUUCAAGGCACAGUACGCUACGUUUAACAGUCUUGGAGGUGAUCUGACAACGAAAGAGGACACCUGGACGACUGCGAACGGCACAACUGCAUCAACCAGCCAAGCAUUGCUAGUGUGCCUGUUCUUGGCCAAUGCCGACAGGAAGCGGUUUGGAGAUUGUGUGACGGAUUUGCGGAACGACGCGUCGUCAAAACUAGUUCGCUAUCCCGAAACACUUGCAGACGCAUACACAAUGCUUGCUUGGAGAAUACGUUCGGAAGCACAAGACAAAUAG